ACUUGGGAAUAUGGCUCUAUUACCAAUUAUGAUGGAAAGCAGCCUACUCCCCAUGAGUAACAUCUUCAUCUCUAUCUUCCUCUUCCUCCUUUCUCUUUUGCUAUUUUCCCAAUUUUUCAUGCGUAGACCAACCAGCAAACUUAAAUUACCUCCAUCCCCACCAAAAUUACCAAUAAUUGGAAACUUUCAUCAGGUUGGAACCCUUCUACAUCGCUCUCUCCGAGCACUCUCUCAUAAGUAUGGACCCCUAAUGCUCUUGCACUUUGGCAAUGUUCCAACCCUCGUGGUCUCAUCUGCAGAUAUGAUCAGGGAAAUCGCGAACAACCAUGAUGUCAUUUUCUGCAAUCGGCCCACUUCUACGGCUGCCAGGAUCUUCUUUUAUGGGUGUGCAGAUAUUGGGUUCGCGCCAUAUGGUGAAUACUGGAGGCAAGGCAGGAAAGUUUGUGUUCUUGAACUUUUGAGCCUGAAAAGAGUCUUAUCCUUUGAGUUCGUGAGGGAAGAAGAAACUGCAGGGUUUAUUCAUAAGCUACGCGAUGCAAGCCUGAGAGGGAAUAAGGUCAACUUGAGCGAGAUGCUGAUUGCAACCUUGAACAACAUAGUUUUGAGAUGUAUUCUUGGGAACAAGUUCGAGGAAGAUGAUGGUAAGAGCAAGUUUGGAGAGCUUAUCAAGAGGGUUAUGAUACAGUUUACAAGUUUCAGUUUUGGUGAUUUCUUCCCUGCUUUGAGUUGGAUGGAUCAUCUUACUGGCUUGAUUUCAAGCCUCAAGGCAACUUUUGGAGAAAUAGACCCUUUUCUCGAGCAGGUUUUAAAAGAUCACGAGGCCGGUCGUGGGAGUAGUAGUGAUCAUUCUGACAACAAAGACUUUGUGGAUAUUCUCUUUCAACUUAAGAAAGAUGGCAUGCUCCAGAUGGAUCUCACUCGUGACAAUCUCAAAGCCAUAUUAUUGGACAUGUUUAUGGCAGGAAGUGAUACGACCUCAUCAACAGUGGAAUGGGCAAUGGCAGAGCUGCUGAGAAAUGAAAGUAUGAUGAAGAAAGCUCAAGACGAAGUGCGAAAAGUGAUAGGAAAAAAAUCAAGGAUAGAAGUGAAUGAUAUGAAUCAAAUGGAUUACUUGAAAUGUGUAAUAAAAGAAACUCUAAGGCUACAUCCACCAGCUGCUUUGAUUUUCCGAGAAGCAUCAGAAAGAGUGAAUUUGGGAGGCUAUGAUAUUCCUCCAAAAACCAGAGUUCUUAUAAAUUCAUUGGCAAUCCAAACGGAUCCUAAUUUGUGGGAUAGACCAGAAGAGUUUGUCCCUGAAAGAUUUGAGAACAACCAGAUUGAUCUCAAAGGCCUAGAUUCUCAUUACAUUCCUUUUGGUUUUGGAAGAAGAGGAUGUCCUGGUUUAAAAUUUGGUGUUUUUACAGUUGAGUAUAUUAUGGCUAGUCUUUUAUAUUGGUUUGAUUGGAAGCUUCCGGGUGGUAAUAAUAUUGCUCCAACACCAAAGGACUUGGACAUGGAAGAUGUUUUUGGACUCUCUGCUCAUAAGAAAAAUCCUCUAAUUGUUAUACCAAUAUUAUAUUCCCCUUAAUUACCCAAAAAAAAAAAAAAAAAAACUAUAUUCCCCUUGAUAUAUGGGAAUUCUCUUAUAAAAGACAUUUUGUCUAGAAUUUAUUCAGGCAAUUAUCUCUCGGCAUAUAUAUGUGAUGGGAUAUUAUAAAAAAAUUAACAUACCAAAUCAAAUUUUGAGAGGUGUUUUCCCAAAUAAUUCUAGAUAAAAAAAAUCCAAAAUAUAAAAAUUCUCUUAUAUGAGAUAUUCUAGGUAUUUUAUGCCUGUGGAUGCGGAUUGUACCCUAGUUUUACAUGUCUACAGAAUAUUAAAUGCAAAA